UUAGUAUUUGUGUCAAUAAGUUUUUAUAUGAAUAUGGUCUAACAUUGUUAUAAAUAUGGAUACUGGUAGUAGUGAGCCACGUAAUAUGUUUGAUGGUACUAACAAAAUGAUGUCUAUCCCUGAGAGAAUUGUUUUAUCUGCUGGUUAUGAUGGAAAUGAUAAUGAAGAUGAAGCAAGAUCAAAGUAUACUAUUACAUUUGAUGAGCCACCAAUUAUUAAUCCAGAUGAAGUUAUGGCAGGAAUGCAUUCUCCUCCAUCUGUUCUAACUAUAGACCAUAGCUCAGGAAUAUAUAAGCGAACAAAUGAUUACCUUCGAACGUUGGCAAUAAAUUCGCCUAAUUGGCACCAGGAGGGUGAUGGAGCAGAUGUAAAUGAUAGUGAGAGUUCACUAUUUCAAUCAACUCAAGAUAAGUUUGAUCCUGAGGAUGACUACUCAAGUAUUGUAUCUCCAAAACGGUCAGUUAUGAUAGCUGGACAAGAAGACUAUUAUGCAAAUUCAUUUGAAGAUAUGCAAACAAUGCAGCAGUAUUAUGCAAGCAUGCAACGACGAUUAGGAAUUCUCGAAAAUGAAUUGGAAUAUCAAAAUCGUCUUUCUAAUGUUUGGAAAUACUUACUUCUAACAUUGACAAUAAUUAAUCCAAUUAUUAUAAAUUAUUUAUUUUUUAAUCGCAGGCGUUAAAGUUAUUUUUAAAUUUUAGAAGAAAA